GUUAUGCUUCAUUCAAUUCAAUUGUACCAGCAGCAGCAGCAGUCAGAGCUUAUAACUAGCUAAUUGAUUAACCAUGGAGAAAGCACAUACAAAAUCUGCUCUUAAGAAGCUUGUUAAGGCUAGCUCACAGUCUGCACCAUGGAGCAAUGCUGCUAGAGGAAUGGCAAAAGAUGAUCUCAAGGAUCCGCUUUAUGACAAAUCCAAGGUUGCCCCAAAACCUUUUGCAAAAGAAAACACUAAGCCCCAAGAAUUCAAACUCCACACUGGACAAAGAGCUCUCAAACGUGCCAUGUUCAACUAUUCUGUGGCUACCAAGAUAUAUAUGAAUGAGCAACAGAAGAGGCAAAUAGAGAGGAUACAAAAGAUCAUAGAAGAAGAAGAGGUUCGUACGAUGAGGAAGGAGAUGGUUCCAAGAGCUCAAUUGAUGCCUUACUUUGACAGACCUUUCUUUCCCCAAAGGCUAAAACCAUUAGCUAGAGCAUUGUGGGAUAUCAAACAGGUUGAUCUCUUUCUUUGGUGCAGAUCAAGCAGGCCAUUGACAGUUCCUAGAGAGCCAAGUUUCCACAUGGUGAACAGCAAGUGUUGGAGCUGCAUCCCUGAGGAUGAACUUUACUACUACUUUGAACAUGCUCAUCCCCAUGAUCAUGCCUGGAAGCCUGUUAAGUAAAUAAAUUGCCAUGAUUUGUAGGGGAAAAAGGAGAGUGGAGUAUUCUCUCUGUGAUGUUAAUUUCUUCAUGCUGUCCAAGUUAGUCUUGUAUAAUUUGGAGUGUUGAUAGUGUUUACUGUUUAGAUCAUGUGGUAGGUCUUGUAGUGGGUGUAAGUAGUCGCUUUUUCAUAGCCGAAAGUCCUUUUCAAUGGGGGGUUUUGCUUACCAAUAAGGCGGAUAUUGUACUUCGUUUUGUACUAUUAAAAAGCAAGUCACCCUCUUUUCUGUCUUUUA